GCAGUCUGCUGGCGGCAGCGGGCCGAGCAUCACGGUGUCUGCUCUCCGCGAUAGCCCCGGAUUCCAGACGAGAUCCGCAGAGCGCUGUUGAGGCAUGCGGGUGCAACUGUGCCUGUGCUGCGCGCUGCUGCUGGCCGUGCUGCUGUCGGUGCGCUCGCAUCGCGGCAACCCCAGCUACUUCAACAUCGGCGGCGUGCUCAGCAACAACGACAGCGAGUUCCACUUCCAGGAGAUCAUCGCGCAUCUGAACUUCGCGAAUCAGUACGUACCUCGUGGUGUGACGUAUUAUGCCACGCCGAUUAGGAUGGACGCCAACCCCAUUCGUACUGCGCUCAACGUCUGCAAGUACCUCAUCGGCCAGAAGGUGUAUGCGGUGGUGGUGUCGCACCCUCUGACGGGCGACCUGUCCCCGGCCGCCGUGUCCUACACCAGCGGCUUCUACCACAUUCCCGUCAUAGGCAUCUCCUCGCGGGACUCCGCAUUCUCCGACAAGAACAUCCACGUGUCGUUCCUGCGGACGGUGCCGCCCUACUCGCACCAGGCGGACGUGUGGGUGGAGCUGCUGCGACACCUGCACUACAUGAAGAUAGUGUUCAUCCACAGCUCGGACACGGACGGCCGCGCGCUGCUGGGGCGCUUCCAGACCGCCUCCCAGAACCUGGAGGACGACGUCGAGAUCAAGGUCACGGUGGAAUCUGUGAUCGAGUUCGAGCCGGGAUUGGAGAGCUUCACGGAGCAGCUGUACGAGUCGACACACGGGGCGCAGUCUCGGGUGUACCUCAUGUACGCCAGCAAGACGGACUCGCAGGUGAUCUUCCGCGACGCCGGCCUGCUCAACAUGACGGGCAGGAGCAACGUGUGGAUCGUGACGGAGCAGGCGCUGGACGCCGACAACGUGCCGGAGGGCACCCUGGGCCUCAAGCUGGUCAACGCCACCGACGAGACGGCGCACAUCCAGGACAGCAUAUAUAUCCUGGCAUCUGCUCUGAAGGCUAUGAACGAGACAGAGAGCAUCACGGAAGCUCCCAACGACUGCAACAACUCGGGCACCAUCUGGGAGACUGGCAAGAUACUUUUCGAGUACAUAAAGAAGCAAGUGCUGUUGAACGGCACGACCGGGAAGGUGGCCUUCGACGACAACGGCGACCGGAUCUACGCAGAGUACGACAUCGUGAAUGUGCAGGAGGGCCGCUUGGUGUCCGUGGGACAGUACUAUUACAACAGUGAGCAGAGCCGCAUGCGCAUGCGCCUGGACGAGGCGGGGAUCGUGUGGCCCGGCCGGCCUAGGUCCAAGCCGGAGGGCAUCAUCAUCCCGACGCACCUCAAGGUGCUCACCAUCGAGGAGAAGCCCUUCGUGUACGUGCGCCAGAUCCACAACAGCGGCGAGAACUGCAGCCAGGAGGAGAUCCCCUGCCCGCUCUUCAACUCCACGGGCGACGACUACAGCAUGUUCUGCUGCAGAGGGUUCUGCAUCGACUUGCUGAAGGAGUUAGCACACACCAUCAACAUUACCUACAGCCUGGCGCUGUCGCCUGAUGGCCAGUUUGGCAACUACAUCAUCAAGAACAGCUCUGUGGGUGGCAAGAAAGAGUGGACGGGGUUGAUUGGCGAGCUGGUAAACGACAGAGCUAACAUGAUUGUGGCGCCACUCACUAUCAACCCGGAGAGGGCUGAGUUCAUCGAGUUCAGCAAGCCAUUCAAGUAUCAAGGCAUCACCAUCCUGGAGAAAAAGCCGUCUCGCUCGUCCACGCUGGUCUCCUUCCUGCAGCCGUUCAGCAACACUCUGUGGAUCCUGGUGAUGGUGUCGGUGCACGUAGUGGCGCUCGUGCUGUACCUGCUGGACCGCUUCUCACCUUUUGGCCGCUUCAAGCUAGCCAACACGGACGGCACAGAGGAGGACGCGCUCAACCUGUCCAGCGCCAUCUGGUUCGCCUGGGGCGUGCUUCUCAACAGUGGCAUCGGGGAAGGCACUCCUCGCAGCUUCUCGGCUCGCGUGCUGGGAAUGGUGUGGGCGGGCUUCGCCAUGAUCAUAGUCGCCUCGUACACUGCCAACCUGGCCGCGUUCCUGGUGCUGGAGCGGCCCAAGACCAAGUUGACCGGUAUCAACGAUGCCAGGCUGCGGAACACCAUGGAGAACCUGACGUGUGCCACGGUGAAGGGCUCAGCGGUCGACAUGUACUUCCGGCGCCAGGUGGAGCUGUCCAACAUGUACCGCACCAUGGAGGCCAACAACUACGACACGGCCGAGCAGGCCAUCCACGACGUCAAGAACGGGAAGCUAAUGGCUUUCAUAUGGGACAGUUCGCGACUGGAAUUCGAAGCGGCCCAGGACUGCGAGCUGGUGACUGCAGGGGAGCUGUUCGGCCGGUCUGGUUAUGGCAUCGGCCUGCAGAAGAACUCCCCGUGGGCGGACGCCGUCACUCUCGCCAUCCUCGACUUCCACGAGAGCGGCUUUAUGGAGAGCCUGGACAACAAGUGGAUCCUGCAGGGCAACCUGCAGCAGUGCGAGCAGUUCGAGAAGACACCCAACACGCUCGGCCUCAAGAACAUGGCGGGAGUGUUCAUCCUGGUGGCAGCCGGCAUCGUGGGCGGGAUAGGCCUCAUCAUCAUCGAGAUGGCGUACAAGAAGCACCAGAUACGCAAGCAGAAGCGCAUGGAGCUGGCACGUCACGCUGCUGACAAGUGGCGCGGCGUUAUAGAGAAACGCAAGACUCUGCGUGCGACGAUCGCGACGCAGCGGCGGCUGAAAGCGAACGGGGUGAGCGAGCCGGUGACUGUGAGCCUGAGCGUGGACUCUCGCAGCCCCUCACGCGCCUGGCCGCGCCAGAGGGGUUCGCGCGCAGAUGAGAUCCACAGUGCCUACCCAACAGGCCUGCCCGACAUGGUGGUGUGAGCAGCACCGGCCGCCUCUCUCGGGAAACUACUGGUCGUACCAGAAGCAUUUCAGGGGCACCUCUCCCGCGGCUCCCUUCACAACUGUGCUUUGGAAACUCGGCACCUUUACUGAUAACAUUUCCUCUUCGGUGUCACAAGUUUAUACUUCCUCUCAUCAUUUUUAGCCAACUUGCUGACCAUCUCGCCCACAAACUUUCACCGUUCAUCUGUAGCACCUUUAGUUUCAAAACAGAUUCCGGAUCCAUCAGCUUCAUUCAUGUGUACAAUAUCCAGUAAUUUGUUUAUAUCUGUCUUUGCAGAGUUUGUCAUAUGAACCAUGAUUCUAGUUGUAAAAUCUUUUCAAGUUUAUAUGUGCAUUAUAAGGCUUCCAUGUGGGUUUCGCAAUACAAAAUGUAUUUAUUUUAUAAAGUCACCAUAAAUUUCCUGUAGCUGCACAGAAUAGUGAUUACAAAUGAGAAGCAGCAAUCUUUUUGUAAUGUCUGGCUUGCACCAUGUGUUGAACAACGAUGAAUGGAAAAACCAUCGCACGGGUUAGAAAAAAAUUAAGUUCCACUGUCUGUUAUCAUAACAGGCUUGUUAGAGUUGGCCCUAAAUGCCAAAGUGGUGCGAAAGUUUUAAACCUUUUACAAGACGGAGCCACACUGAAACUUCAGACAUACUAGUUAAUGAUGAAGACCUCCACAGUCAAACUAUGAGCCUCUUUAAGAUACAGUUGAGAGUGACUUCAUGUAGGUAAGCCACCACGAUUACCAAAGGCCUGUGGGUGGUUUAUCAGGAACACGGGUAGUUGCAUUAAGCUACAACUUUAUCACACACGAUAACAUCACAAAAUCACAGUCAAGCAAAUAUAAACUACAGAAAAAAUCCAGUGUAUAAAUUUAUUUUCAACAGAAAAUGUGUCCUACACAAAUUCCCAUGAUUAACUAAGGAUAUAUGUAUACAUACUAUUUUCUCUCACCCUCAAUAAUGUCACAACAUAAAUUGUGCUUUCUUUCCUCCACACACCUCAUUAGUCCACAGAUCCACACAGCAUUUGUCACAACUGCAGGAUUGGCAUUCUAUGAAUAGCUUCGACAAAAUACACAGGUGAGCAUCUAUUUAUUUGGAACAAAAAGGUACAUAAUGGCUUUUGUGAUGAAUUAACUUGCACAUCUAAAUGCACUCAAUCUAUCCCCUACCCCCCCCCCCUUUUAUUUCUCUUCCCUCCCCACUCUAUUUGUGCAAGAUUUAUGUUUUUAAUCAACUACAAUGUAAGAAGCCUAGCUCUGCGCUGAAUUUAAAAGAAAGCUCAGUGUUGUAUGCUAUAUAGAAUACGCUAAGGCAGCAAAGAGCAAUACAACAAUAAAUGUUAAAUUUGAGAUAUUUUAAACUGAGAUUGUUACACUUACAUGUAUAUUGUUCAAUCACAUUUGUAUUGAAUAAACAUUAGCAGCUGAUAGCAGCCUUCAAC